UCGUGCCGGAAAACACUUUCCGUACAAUUUACGUGGCGAUAAACAUUUAUGCGACAGAUACGCAGGUUUGUGAGUAUUCAGAUAUAAUCAGCGGACGAAUGUAACUUCAAGGGGGCAGUAUAAAUAUGAAUAUUUUGAAACAUGUGUUAGACAACUCACGAUCGAAUACCGUUCCCAAUGUACUAAGUUCAUUACAGUGAGAUUUGAUUCAUUAUUACUUGCAAAUAUGUGGGUGUUCACUACAUAUUUCUUGCUAUGGCUGAGCGGAUUCACUUCUGCACAUUCCCAUGACUAUAAAGUAUUCUGCUACUUUGGAAGCUGGUCAUUCUACCGACCCGGCAAGGGAGGAUUCAAUAUAUCGGAUAUAGAUCCAACUCUCUGCACUCACAUGGUCUACGCGUUCGUUGGCAUCACCCCGAAUGGCGAAGUCCAGGUGUUGGACGAGUACAGAGACCUCUCCACAGAUGGUGGAUUAGGUGGGUUCGAGGAAUUCAACGCCCUCCGGGAUCAGAACGCUGAAUUGAAAACCCUAGUGUCAAUUGGUGCAUGGAACCAGGGAUCCACGAAUUUUUCCACCGUGGUUAGCAACUCCACACUGCGGUCAACGUUCGCAAAAAACGCACUCGAAUUCGUGCUCAGUUACAAUUUUAGCGGUCUCGACUGCGACUGGGAGUAUCCGGCUCAACGUGGCGGUGCCAAAACGGAUGUCGAGAAUUUCGUUCUUCUUCUUCAGGAACUUCGCGCACUUUUUGACGAGUAUGAUCUGAUCUUGAGCGCGGCCUUGGGUGCCUCCGAAGGCACAGCAAGUAUCUCGUACGAUAUUCCAGGGAUCUCGAAGUACCUCGACAUUGUCAAUAUCAUGGAAUACGACUUCCAUGGUUCCUGGGAUAACUUCACUGGGCACAAUACGCCUCUCUAUGCAGCGAGAAGAGAAAAUACGACAUUCGAGCAAACCCUCAAUAUUAAUGCAUCGAUACAUUAUUGGCUGGAUCAGGGGGCACCAUCUGAAAAGGUAUUGGUUGGUACAGCCAUGUAUGGAAAAACCUGGACACUUGUAGAUUCUUCUGUACACGCACCUGGAGCACCUGUAUCUGGAGUUGGUAAUGCAGGUCCGUACACCCAGGAAAAUGGAACACUGGCCUACUACGAAAUCCUCAAAAAUGAGGCUGAGGGAAACUGGACUGUCGUUUUCGACGAGGAGCAGCGGGUGCCUUAUGCUUACAGUGGUGACCAGUGGGUCACAUAUGACAAUGUCAAAAGCCUCACAGAAAAAGCAAAUUAUGUCAAGUCUUUGGGACUGGGUGGCGUCUCGGUUUGGGCCAUGGACUUGGAUGACUUUCGAGGUCUCUACGGGGAGAAAUACCCUCUUGUUAAAACUCUCAAUAAAAUAAUCAACGAGGAUAGCUCCAGCAGCUCCAGCAGUAAGUCUGACGAAGAUUCAAGCGAUGAAUCAGACUAGAACAGUUCUCGUUAUUAGAAUCAUAAAAGUGACAUUUGAACACGCGUAUGCAAUGAUAUAUAGGUUUAACAGAUUAAUAAAUAAAAAUGUCGUUGAAUUGCGAUGGUUUAAGAAUUUA